AAUGUGUUUGUGUUUGUGUAUGCAUUAUUAAAGGAUGCCAUUAGGAGGAGGAAACAAGUGUGGCCGCUGCCAUAAGACAGUGUACUUUGCAGAAGAGGUACUCUGUGACGGACGAAGCUUCCACAGGUCCUGCUUCCUCUGCAUGGUGUGUGGGAAGAACUUGGACAGCACGACUGUAGCUGUUCAUAUGGAUGAAGUCUACUGCAAAGGGUGCUACGGCAAGAAGUAUGGACCAAAAGGCUACGGUUAUGGCCAGGGAGCAGGGACCCUCAGUAUGGACAAGGGAGAGUCUCUAGGCAUUACACAUGAGGAACCUGCUCCCCAUCGUCCAACCAGCAACCCAAACCCGUCUAAACUGGCUCAGAAGUUCGGGGGGUCGGACAAAUGUUCUCGCUGCGGCAAGGCCGUCUACGCUGCGGAGAAAGUGAUUGGAGCUGGGAAUUCAUGGCAUAAGGUUGGAUGUUUCACCUGCGCCACGUGCAAUAAGAGCCUGGAGUCAACCACACAAGCUGAUAAGGACGGGGAAAUCUACUGCAAAGCCUGUUAUGGCAAACAUUUUGGCCCCAAAGGAUUUGGCUAUGGACAGGGAGCCGGGGCCCUGUCGCACACUCAGUAGAGACCUCAGGAUCUUCAGGUUCCCAGAGAGCUGCAGUACUGCCGGCUUCCUGCAGAGAACAGACUGCUGCCACCCAACCUGAAAGACAAAUGCUUGAUGAAAAGCUGCAUCAUAAGAUUGUACAGUGGGAAACAUAACCCCAUCUCUGCCUCAUAAAGAACAAAUACAAUCAAUAGUGCUGCAACAGUCAAUCUUUAUAAAUAACCAAAGUUUAAUACUGAAACAUUUAUUUUCUAUUAAACGCUGAUUUCAUGAUUUGCACUACCUGCUAUAACUGUUUUUACGUCUGCAAUCUAGAUCUCUUUUUCAUAUUCUAUAUCAUAGAGUAAAAACUGCUUUUCUGUAUGCUUUCCAAACAACAUCAAAAUAAAUGAGGUUGAAAGAUUUUAA